GUGUGUGUGUGUGUGUGUGUGUGUGUGUGUUGGGUGUGCUUAUAAAAACAGGAGCAUAGGAAGAUACUGGAAGGAAAGCAGAGGCAGCCUAGAGCAGCUGAGAAGUGUACUUGCAACCAACCUUUGGGGACCAGGCUUUCUUGUUAAAACUGACUCACUCAUCGUCGUGGGAACACAGGCUCCUUAUCUUUCAGUGUGGCAAGUUGCUAUGGCCAGUGGACCGCAAAUGAUGGCCCCUAUUUGUCUGGUGGAAAACAAAAAGGAGCGUCUGUCUGUGAACCAGAAAGCCGUAGAGAUUCUAGACGAGAUUUCUCAGCCAGUGGUAGUCGUGGCCAUCGUGGGACUGUACCGUACUGGGAAGUCCUACCUGAUGAACCGUCUGGCGGGACAAAAUCAUGGCUUCCCUCUGGGCUCCACCGUGCAGUCUGAAACCAAGGGCAUCUGGAUGUGCUGUGUGCCCCACCCCACCAAGCCAAAGCACACGCUGGUCCUCCUGGACACCGAGGGCCUGGGGGACGUGGAGAAGGGUGACCCUAAGAAUGACUCGUGGAUCUUUGCCCUGGCCGUGCUUCUGAGCAGCACCUUGGUCUGCAACAGCAUGAGCACCAUCAACCACCAGGCCCUGGAGCAGCUGCAUUAUGUCACAGAACUCACUGAGCUGAUCAGGGCAAAGUCUUCCCCAAGUCCUGAUGGGAUAAAGAAUUCCACAGAGUUCGUGAGUUUCUUUCCAGACUUUGUCUGGACUGUUCGGGAUUUCAUGCUGGAGCUGAAGUUGGAUGGACACAGCAUCACGGAGGAUCAGUACCUGGAGAAUGCCCUGAAGCUGAACACAGGCAACAAUCCCAGAAUCCAAGCAUCCAACUUGUCCAGGGAGUGCAUCAGACAUUUCUUUCCUAAACGGAAGUGCUUUGUGUUUGACCGGCCAACGAGUGACAAAGGACUCUUGCAAAAAAUUGAGACUGUCUCAGAAGACCAAAUGGAUCCCAAGUUCCUGGAACAAACAAGGGCUUUUGUUUCUUACAUCUUCACUUAUGCAAAGAUCAAGACCCUCAGAGAGGGAAUUAAGGUCACUGGGAAUCGACUGGGGACUCUGGUGACCACCUACGUGGAGGCCAUCAACAGUGGAGCCGUGCCUUGUCUGGAAGACGCUGUGACAACUCUGGCCCAGCGUGAGAACUCAGCAGCUGUGCAGAAGGCCGCUGACCACUACGAUGAGCAGAUGGCCCGGCGACUGAGGCUCCCCACAGACACGCUCCAGGAGCUGCUGGGUGAGCACACAGCCUGUGAGAAGGAGGCCAUUGCUGUCUUCAUGGAGCACUCCUUCAAGGACGAAGACCAGCAAUUCCAGAGGAAGCUGCUGGAAUUGAUAGAUAAGAAGAGAAUAAUUUUCAUGCUACGGAAUGAAGAAGCAUCAGAUAAAUACUGCCGUGAAGAACUCAAUCGGCUUUCAAAGGCUUUUAUGGAAAAUAUUUCAACAUUUUCAGUUCCUGGAGGGCACGGGCUCUACAUGGAAAAGAGGGAACAGAUUGAACAUGACUACUGGCGGGUGCCCAGGAAAGGGGUGAAGGCAAGGGAAGUCUUCCAGAGUUUUCUGCAGUCACAGGCCACCAUCGAGAGUUCCAUCCUGCAGGCAGACACAGCCCUCACCGCUGGGGAGAAGGCCAUUGCAGAGGAGCGGGCCCAGAAGGAGGCGGCUGAGAAGGAGCAGGAGCUGCUGAGACAGAAGCAGAAGGAGCAGCAGCAGCUGAUGGAGGCUCAGGAGAGAAGUCACAAGGAAAACCUAGAGCAGCUGCGCACAAAGCUGGUGCAGGAGAGAGAGCAGCUCAUCAGAGACCAGAAAACGAUGCUGCAGAAGCAGCUGCAGGAUCAAAAGGCUUUGCUUGAAGAAGGAUUUAGGAAAAAAUCUGAGGAAAUGAAUGGAGAAAUACAGCGACUGAAGUAUAACAUCGAAGAUAUGAAAAGAAAUAGUGGUUCUUUUGUAGAUAAUAUUGUAAGAGGAUUUGCUACAGUGAUUUUUGCUCCUGCUUUAUUAGUUGCAGAGGUUGUAAAAGGCUUUUUUCCCAUAUUUAAAUAGGAUCCACUCUUCUUCACUCUUCUUGGGAUGAAAUGGCAGACUGUUAAUAUAUACUUUGUCUUAUUUUGAAGCUUCAUGUUUUCAUUUUCAUUCAGCAAAUUUAAACAUAAAAAGUGCUUAUGAGAACAUCUAUGCCCCUCCCAUAUUAGAUAGAUCACACACACACAUACACACACACACACACACACACACACACAUAUAUUUUUUUUCACAGAAAGGGUAUGCUUUCAGGGAACAAAUUUUUGGAACCCUUCCUAUGGAAACUAGUUAUAAGUCACUGUGUGUUCUGGCAGUUACUGUUGGUCAACUGGACUGGCUAUAGAAUGAUUCAGGACACAAACUCUUCUGCAUCCUGUGAGCACCGUCUGUUCUAGGUUAGCUUGUGAGGAUCACCUCAGGUUACUGUGGUAGGAAACCCACCCCAUGUGUGGACAGCUCCAUGCCUGUGGACUGCGGACAAAGUUACAGGGUGAGAGCAAGCUGGGCACUAACGCCCACCUCUCGUGACGUCCUGACUGUGGAUGUCAUGUGGUCAUCAGCCUCAGCUUCUUUCCUAUGCCUUCUCCGCCACGCUGAACGUAUCAAGUGGUAUCAUGAACCAUAACAAGUGCUUUAUUUCUUAAGUUGCCGUUGCUGGGGUAUUUUGUACUGAAAGAGGAAAAGUCAUUGGUGUCAUUGUAAUAGGGAUACAUUUGGAAACUACCUAAACGUCAUUGAAUAUGAUUGGUAACAUAUUUUCAUGUGCCAUCCUUGAUCUUGGAGUACUAUAUAGUCAAGUAACAAAUGUCUGUCAAGCUUUCUCUAUACUAAUGUAAAUUGAGCUAAAAGGUUUCUUAUAAAAUAAAGUCAAAACGACA